AAAUCAUUACUAUAUUGUACGAGUCAAAUCGUUAAUAAUUCACGCGCGCGGCGUGUACUAGCCAUUCAGACUAAAAGAGUUAUAAUUUAUAAGCUGGAAAUCCCCAUAGAAACAAGGAAACAAAACCCGUUGGAUCUGCGUCUGUUUCAAUUGGGAAGAAUAAACUAUAUCCUUUAUAGCACUGGACUCAGAGCAGAUAUGUCAGCAAAAUCUGUAAGAUUCAAGGAGAACGAGGAAAGCCCUAUUGGGCAUGAAGUACCAACGGCUUGCAUUCAGCAUGUUACAGAGUCAAGAAGUGAAGACGAAACUUCAACAAGAACAAUUACAUCGCAGACAAUUUCAGAGAGCACGAAUUCCAAUACACUACACACAAAGAAAAGAAAAAAGAAGAAAACUGAAUUGCAAAAACUCAAGCAUGAGAAAAAGAAAAUAUUGAAGGAACUAAAGCAGACGAAGAAAUCUAUAAAGGAAGACAGUGCGAAUAAAGAGAGCGAGAAUUAUUCUCCUUUCGAGAAUCGGCGACGAUUGGCAAGGACAACAAGCGAGAUGCAGACGAAACUGGAGCAAAUUAAAGACCAAAUUUCAGUCAAGAAAGAAAUAAAGAAAGAGAAAACAAAGAAGAGUAUGCACACGAAAAUUAAGAAGAAAAGCAUCAAGGCAGACAAGCAACAUAGCAGGAUUAUCAAAAUGACCGGGAGACUGGAGCGAAUCAAGUUGGGUGAAGAAGCACUCAGAAUGGAAAUAGCACAGGAAAUAUCGGAACUUGGACUGGAAGAGAAAAAGGAGGAAAGUGCUGAGGAAGAUAGAAAAAUGAAAGCUGUGCUAGAAGCGAGAAGACGAUUUAAGGGACUUACUCGAAAGCCUUCUGAGACAAACAAUAACGACUCGAUGGGAGAUUGCGACUCCGGACAAAACCGUUCCGGACAGACCUCCGGAAAUCGGAUAUCAUCUCGACUAAGCUCUGUUGCCGAGGAAACGAACACAGAAGAAACUACAUGGGCGAAGAGAACGACUAAUGCUUUGAGUAGACUGGGCUCUAGCCCGUCGUUCAUCCCGGGGAUAGGAGAGAAUGGGUACGAGUGGGUACGAAUGCCAUGUGUUGACCCAGGCAUGUCUGAAAGGCGCUACAGUUCUGCUGGCCCUUUGAGUAAAUCUAUGCCUAAUAGACCCCGGCGAUUUAGCUUAUUCGAUAGUCUACCCGAGAGUUCUGUCGAUCAAAUGCCCAAAAGAUCGCAUAGUGACCUCACAGCACGGUCAUCACAACGCCAAGAGUCCGAGGAAGAAUCAUUCCCGGAACUGGCGCGCAUGGAAACGAGGUCCGUUCAAUCGGUCAAUGAUUUUCUGCCACGUGACGUAACAGAAAAUUUGACGUCAUCAUGGGAUGAUCGGCCGUUCACGGGUCGAUCUACCGCGAGUAUCGAUGAGAAAAAGAGGCGAGCCGAAAACUUGGCGAAGAAGUAUCAGUUUACGAGAGAAUUAAGGAAUACAAUACACGAGCACAUGAUAUCCCGGUCGUACAGCUACUCUUAUAAUAUAAUCAUCCCGCCUUACAAACACAAGAAAGAGAAGUCGCAGAAAUCCAAGGUUUCGUUCAACAGAGCCGUUCUGGAAGAUAAAAUAAAAGUCACAGAGUUCAGUAAGAAGUUCGGCUCGUCUAAACCUAAGGUGGUCACGUGAUAAGAAAUUCGCGUCGUGUGAACACAAGGUGGUCACGUGAUAAUAGGUUCGGCUCGUCUAACCCCAAGCUGGUCACGUGAUAAGAAGAUCGCCUCGUGUGAACCCAAGCUUGUCGCUUGACGCAUUUCAGCGUAAGAAUUUUGACUUGUCUUAACCGAAGGAGGUAACGUGAUCCAUUUAUAUCGCAUCAUUUUCUACCUCAGUGUCCGGCCUACUCAGUGUCUUGACUUAAGAACUUGUCAGACCAGUUAUUUACUUGUCAGACCAGUAAAUAACUAGCCAGACCAGUUCGUCGGUGAUUAAGUCGAUUCAGACCAGUCACACGUCAAACCAGGGGCAAAUGAUACGAACCAAAGAGAGGCUGUGCCUUGAUGUUGCCAAUCAAGUUAAGAGAAGUGAGAUAGUAACACACGAGUCUGCAUUGAUUCGGGCAUUUUUGCAUAUCCCUUGUGCACUCGAUAUAAUUUUUUUAAAACUUAAACUUAAAACUUUCUAAAAGAUUUAGGCACAGCGGACUCAGCAUAUUUGCACUUCUAAUAUAUUUUUUUUCUGAUAAAAUCCAGUUUUUGACAUUCUACUUAAAUUCUGGGUUUGCCAUGGAUGCGCUACAAAAGCUCUAAGCGCUCGUUGAAUGUAUUCCUAACUCGCUGAGGCAAGGCUACAGGAAGUGGUAUGCUCUAUUCGGGUUUUUAUCAGUUUAUUCAGCUGAGCGCAGCGAAACAGAAUAGAUCGCUUCUUAUCAAGCCAUGGUCUUCUCUGAAGAAAGACGAACAUGUGCCGAGUGCAAGACCGGUGUCACGGCGAAUUGUGAAUGGGAACAUGGGUGGAAAGGGGAGCUUUUACUAUCACUGGAAAAUAAAAGUAAAGUACGAUUUUUUCUUACUUUUGUAAUCUUAUUAUAUUUAAAAAAAUAUGUAAACUAUGUCGGCAUGGCAUCGUAACGCACGGGCGCAUUUUGUCUGACGUUUGUUUAGGGAACCGUUGUUUUGAUAUCAUAUGAAACUCAUAAAAGAAAAUAAUAAAAGAAAUAAUAACAAGAAAUAAAAAGAAAUAAUAACAA